UUGUAAUCAGAGAGCUCAACUAUUGGCUACGAGUUUAUUACCGUAAGCGACUCAUUGGCUAGCUCGAAAGAGUAGGAAGUGCCGGUCGAGGUUCAAUAAGUAGCCUAUGUCUGAUGAUGAAACUGGAAAGCUGUUCUUAAGCCGAUUUUUAAUAUUGUUGCGACUCUCGAAGUAUAUAACCAACUGUAGGAACAUUUAUCAUGAAACCUGCAGAUUUUAUCAAACAGAAAUACCCGCAAACGGUCACAAACUCAGACAUAUAGUUAUACUGAAGUCAAGCUAUACUAUAGUUAGCUUGCGUGUUUGCUACAACCAAUGAUGUUGUAAAGCAGUUAGUCUGCGUGGCGUGUCAGCUGCAAAAUAAUGCUAACUACAGUAUGCUAGCAGAAUUUUACGCCCAGUCGACUGAAGUGCUUUCCAUGUUCUGAAGAAAUUUUUAAAAAUCAUGACUGUGAAGACGUGGAAUCUGCUUUCACUGUUAUUGCUUGUGUCAAGCGUGGUAGCAGCUGAUGUAGAAGAGCUGAAUGAUGCGCCUGAAGCCAAGUCAUUUCACAGUCAGAACACUGAGGAGGAUGAAGUGCCAGUGGGGACGCAGAUUGUAGCAGGGCAGGUGUUCCCCCGAGAGGAUGUUUCCCAGGGUGAUGACGCUCAGAAGGAGUCCGACAACGUCCAUGAAGGAGCGGGCAAGGAAGAACUCCCUCCACAGCCCAGCCCCAAGGAGGAGAAGCCAAAGGAUGUUCCUGUGGUGGUUGGGGGUACAGCUGCAGGGGAACCCUGCCUCUUCCCCUUCCUCUUCCUGGGGAAGGAGUAUUCAGAGUGUACUACAGAGGGGCGCACUGACAACAGGCUCUGGUGUGCCACCACAUACGACUACGACAGUGACAAGAGAUGGGGUUUCUGUGAGACUGAAGAGGAAAGCGAGCAGAGGCGAAAGGCGGAGGAGGUUGAAGAGCUGUAUCAGAAGGCCAUGAAGAUCAUCAAUGGCACAAGCAAAAAGAACCAGAGGAAGGAGGCGUAUAAAACGCUGGUGAAAGUGGCGGACAUGGGCCACACCAAGGCCAUGGAGAAGGUGGCAUACGCCAUGCUGUUCGGCGACAGUUUGGCCCAGAAUGUCCUAAAGGCUCGGGACAUGUUUGAGAAGCUGGUGGUGGAGGGGUCACCCAAAGCUCAAACGGCCCUGGGAUUCAUCUACGCUGCUGGCUUAGGAGUGAACUCCAGCCAGGCAAAGUCGUUGGUGUACUAUACCUUUGGGGCCUUGGGUGGAAACCUUGUGGCUCACAUGAUCCUGGGCUACCGGUACUGGGGCGGGGUCGGGGUGCCACAGAGCUGUGAAUCUGCGCUGACGCACUACAGACAGGUGGCUAACCACGUGGCCAAUGACAUCUUGGGGACGGGCGGAGGUGUGGUGCAGAGGGUCAGGCUGCUGGACGAGCAGGAGAACCCUGGGACAGCCAGCGGGAUGCUGGAGGAGGACCUCAUCCAGUACUACCAGUUUCUCGCGGAAAAGGGGGACGUGCAAGCCCAGGUGGGUCUGGGGCAGCUGCACUUGCACGGAGGACGUGGAGUGGAGCAGAAUCACCAGAGGGCCUUCGACUACUUCACCCAGGCAGCGAACGCGGGGAACACUCUCGCCAUGGCCUUUCUCGGGAAGAUGUACUCGGACGGCAGCGAGGCAGUGCCGCAGAACAACGAGACCGCCCUGCAGUACUUUAAGGAGGCCGCCGAGCUGGGUAACCCAAUGGGCCAGAGUGGCCUGGGCAUGGCCUACCUGUAUGGUCGAGGUGUCCCUGUGGACUACGAGCGGGCGCUGAUGUACUACCAGAAGGCUGCAGACCAGAGCUGGGUUGAUGGACAGCUGCAGUUAGGCACCAUGUACUUCAAUGGCAUUGGGGUGAAGCGGGACUACAAGCAGGCGCUGAAGUACUUCAACCUGGCAUCACAGGCAGGUCACAUCCUGGCCUUCUACAACCUGGCGCAGAUGCAUGCCUCUGGCACAGGGGUAAUGCGCUCCUGCCACACAGCUGUGGAGCUCUUCAAGAACGUUUGUGAGCGUGGCCGCUGGUCAGAGAGGCUGAUGACUGCUUAUGAUAGCUUCAAAGACGGUGACGUGGACUCUGCUGUGGCGCAGUACCUGCUGCUGGCUGAACAGGGCUAUGAGAUAGCACAGAGCAAUGUGGCCUUCAUCUUGGACCAGAAACCGGGAGCGGUGCAGAUCUUCGGAAGGAACGAGACGCACCCACGAGCUCUGCUCCACUGGAACAGAGCGGCGGCCCAAGGGUACACUGUGGCGCGGAUCAAGCUGGGCGACUACCACUUCUACGGCUACGGCACGGACGUGGACUACGAGAUCGCCGCCAUGCACUACAGGCUGGCGUCUGAGCAGCAGCACAACGCACAGGCUAUGUUUAACCUGGCCUACAUGCACGAGAACGGGCUGGGCAUCAAAAAGGACAUUCACCUGGCGAAGCGCUUCUACGACAUGGCAGCCGAAGCCAGUCCAGAUGCCCAGGUGCCCGUCUUCCUGGCGCUGUGCAAGCUGAGCCUCCUCUACGCGGUGGAGUACCUGCAGGAGCUCAACAUAAAGGAGCUCCUAGCCCAGAUGGACCUGGACCAGUUGCUGGGGCCGGAGUGGGACCUCUGCCUCAUGACCCUCAUUGCCCUGCUCCUGGGCUCCGUCAUCGCCUACCGCCAGAGACAGCAGCUGGCCCCGCCCCCGGCUCCCCAGCAGGCCGAGCCCCAGCCUGACCAGCAGUGAGGCCGACCCUGACCACCCCACCCUGCAGGCCUCUCUUGUGGGGCAGGAGGAACUCCAUGGGAUCACCAUGGGAUUCACCAGACGCCGAAAGACUGCUCUGGGGGAAAUGUGGCGUGGGGGUGAAAAUCUGCGUUUUUAUUGGGUGACAGAGAAAAAAAAAGUGCAACGUUGAGGGGGGAAAAAACUGACGUGUGUCUCAGGGUUUGGCCUUUUGAGUGUUACGGCCAUAAGACUGGCUAGAACUCCCAUGCUAUAAGUACUGCUGUUCCUCUCGUUAAAGCUGUUUUGCCUUCAUCGUCCUUUCAUGUGCCUCAGCUUCUGGAGUGGAAAUGUGCGGGCGGUGCGACAGUGAGGUCUGUGGGGUGGCUCUGAACACAGCGCAGUGACGGCUCACGGUCUGGCCAAAACUACGCAGCAACUUUUUAAAAGGAGACUGAGAUUUGAUUUGGAUUUUUAAAUGUAUUAUAUUUAGCCCCAAAUGCUCGGGGGCUGUGCCAGUGUACACUGGUAGAACUCAGGAAAACACAUGGCCAUCUGUGGAAAAGGAUUUUAACAAGUUAGACCUUAAAACCGUAUGAUCUCUUGUCUUGAUUGAGAGUUUUUGGUAUGUAUUUGGAAAUUAGAACCACAUGCUUAUGCUGAAGCCCAUAGUUUUAGGGUAUUUUUGCUGUCAUUUGCACUAAAAGUUAAAGGAAAAGAUAUGGUAAGGUUGGUUAUAGGUUUGGGUUUUGGCACAUUGUUUUCUAUGAUGUAUGUGCCAUAUGGAUUGCAUCUGUACUAUGUUGGAUGCUAGAGUAAUGGAGACCGUGUCGUUGGUUGUAAUGCAAUGAAAUGGUACGCUGUUCAGAUGGGACGUUGGUGUCAGUCAUAUGACACACCAGCAACUGUAAAAUGGAGUCAUAGCACCAUGGGUAGCCAGUGCAUUGGCCUCUGUGGGAUGACGGCAUGUGUACUGCUUCAUGCAAAGAGCUAGACUCUUCCACUCUGCAGACUGUAAAAGAUGGAAGCAGCUAGCCUCAGAUAAGCUUUAUUUAAUGCAGUUCUCCCUGUGAUUCCUUGUGAUUCCUGUAUUUUUCUCUUCAUACUACAAGACGUAAUUGCUAAUAACAGUUGUUACAAUGUGGUUGAGUUAAUAGUCUGAUUUAUUCUGAUGUGUGCUGUUCCAUUUGAUUCUACUCUGUCAGCCUGUCGUGAGUUGGUAACAGCAGUUGGUUGUCACAUAUGCGACAGUUGGUUUUAGAGAUAUUUGCUUCCCAAGUGUAGAAAACUGAUGUAUUCUGAACUGUGAGAAAGCUUGUGUGUUGCUUAUUUUAAGCCAAGUAUUCUUGAUGUUUCCACGUCUAAACAAUGUAAAGCCCUUCUAACAGGAAGUGAAAAUAUGAGAUGAUUCGGUGUUCAGCAAUCAUUGGUGCAACUUUCAUACUCUUCCCCACUAUAAAUAAAAACUUAAUUCACGUAAUCUCUGAGGUUUUGGACAUAUAAUGACCGCACAACAUCAUUUGCCAUUAUGCUUUUCAGUGUUUGUUAUUCGACAAAUGAAUUAUUAAUUGAAAAUUUGUUCAUAAUGCUUCCACUAGUUAAGAUUUAUAUAAUGUAGUUUGUAAGAUAACGACUGUUUUGGUAGAUGGAUACAUACAUAAACAACCCCUUAAGUGAAAAUAUGCCUUGAAAGUUAAUUUGUAUGGUUUUUGUUGAAGAAUUAAUUCUAUUCCAUUUGAAUGGAGUUGAAACUACCCUCUAACUCUAAGUGCUGAGUUGAACUGUAUUUUAAAAAUUCAGGGGUAAAAUGUAGCAGAUUUGAUUUAAAUUUAUAUAAAUAUGUUAGGUUAAUAGGUUUUACUUUAUACAGGAAAGGGAGGAGUCUUUUCUAAAUACUUGUCUCUAUAUGACAAUAUAGAGACAAACCUCAGUUGAAGAAUAGAAUGUAUAGAUUGAUCUUAAUAGGACUUAAAUGUAAGGACUUAAUUGUGAGUGGUUAUAUGGCCCAGGUUAAUUGCAAAAAGACUGCUAUGUCUAUCGUUCAUUGAGGGUUAUGAAGUGGUGUGGGUUUAUUUUGCACUUUAAUUUUCUUUUUCAAAUACUUGGAAAGUAUCAGAAAAUAUUGAAAUAAAAAAACUUUUUGCUGGUACAAUAUUUAGAGUUUAUGGAAAGACAAAAAAUGGAAUAAAAUGAUUAAUGGAAAU